ACUUCAUCAUGGCCAAAACCCCAACGCCUCGUGUGAUCUUCGUCCGCCACGGCCAGACAGAAUGGUCUAAGUCCGGUCAAUACACCUCUGUGACCGAUCUCGAUUUGACUUCCUACGGAGUGAGACAGAUGAGAAGCACAGGAAAGUUCUUGAUUGGAGACAGCCAGUUCCAAUUGAUCAAACCGUCCAAUUUGAAGUACGUGAUCACUUCUCCCAGACUCCGUGCCAAGCACACGGUGGAGCUUUUGCUCGAAGGGUUGACCCAGGAUCAAAAGGACGCCAUUCCUGUGAUUGUCGAGGAGGAUAUCAGAGAAUGGACCUACGGAGAUUACGAAGGAUUAUUGACUUCCCAGAUUAUCGAGGCUAGAGCUAAAAAGGGCUUGGACUCCCACUUGCCUGAAGGCGAGGUCUGGAACAUCUGGAGGGAUGGCUGUGAAAACGGAGAGAAUCACAACCAAGUCAAAGAAAGAGUGGAUGCCGCCAUUGCAAAAAUCAGAGCCCUUCACAAAAAAGCUUUUGACGCCAAGGAGGCCUGCGACAUCAUUGUGGUUGGCCAUGGGCAUAUCUUGAGGUGUUUCGCAGCCAGAUGGGUAGGCAAAGAAAUUGAUGUGAACCCACAAUUUUUGUUGGACGCAGGAGGAACCGGUGUGUUGAGUUAUCAGCAUAACAGUAUUGACGAGCCUGCCAUCUUUUUAUCAGGGGCAUUUACUGUACCUGUUGAAGGCGAAGAUUAGUGAGCCAAUUCUAUCAAACUAGAACCCCAAUAGAAUGAUUCCAGAUUACCUUGUGCACAUUCGAUUAGCAAGAACUAGCUGGAAUUUAGAAAUUCACUUAAUAGACUGUUGUUUUGUCUGCUGCAAUGGAGAAUAUUUUUGCAUUAUUAUUUAAAAUGUAGUGGAGUAGAUUUUGAAAUCUGAAUGGUGGUUAAGACGUACCCAUAAAUAUUUGUC